AUGGAUGAGAACUUUCAAUUUAUCGAAUAUACGGACCAACAAUCGGCUUUCAAUUAUGACUGGAUCCCCAACUACCGUCAUCUUGAAUUUCCCAAUAUCGAAGGGAUUCCUAAGCCGGUUGAACCCAAAAGCGACCGAUUGACACCAUUAAACGCGGUGAACUCUACGAAACCUGUGAAUCCUGGGAAUCUCAAAGUGGCCAUUCCCCGCCACGCACCACCUAGUAAUCCAACUAGUAGUGGUCGGGUUAGUCAAGCCUGUGAAAAUUGCCGAGAACAAAAGGCCAAAUGUACUGGCCAUCGCCCAGUCUGUCAUCGGUGCCGGGAUUCGGGGGCCCAUUGCUCCUACGGCGACCGAAAAAAGGAGAAGAUGGUUAAGCAGCUGAACGAUCUAACCUCUCAAGUCGAGUCCCUUGAGAAUUUGCUAUGUGAUCUUUACCCUAAACUCGAGGCUUCAACCGCCCAUCAAGUCGAUCAGCGGCUAAAGGAUCUAAACUUACGCUCUCCUCUUUCCCACUCAAAUUCCUCCUCAAUCCCUGCUCAAUCGACUGUUUUACCCCAUGGUUUUACUAGCAUGUUCAUCCCCACAGGGGGUGCAAAUUAUAGUGAAGAGGAUCUUAAUAGAGGUGACAAAGUACAAGGGAUGGGAUUUGUCGGUGAACAUUCGGAGAUGGCAUGGCUGUACAGACUCAAACGCGAACUUGACCAUGACAGUUCCUCACGAAUCAAAGAGAUCCCCGGACGUCCUGUUAUAUCGUCUGUCAACUACUUCCAAGAUGAUUCCGAGUUCUCGGUUGCUGACGAUGUUGAUCUCGCACGGUGCCCCCCUCAACACAUCGCUAACAGACUAGUGGGUAAUUAUUUCCACACUGUACAUUCUGCGUUUCCGAUCAUUGCAAAGGCCAUCUUCCUAAACCAGUACCGAUAUUUCUACUCAAAUCCGAACCCGCGACCUGGGAAGCGAUGGCUGGCUGUACUGAACUUGGUAUUUGCCAUUGCCACGAGACACGCACUCCUCACCGACCACCCCCAAACCGACCACGAUGAACACCAUGUAUAUUUUGCUCGUGCUUGGAAGCUCAGUAUGAGGAAUGUUUUGGUUGAUCACCCCAAUCUGCAACAAACACAAGUGGAGGGCAUGGCUGCGUUUUACCUAUUGUCGGUUGGGCAAGUCAAUAGGUCAUGGAGAAUUGUUGGAAUUGCGAUUCGCUCGGCGAUAACAAUGGGUUUGAAUCUUCGAAGUGAAACAGAGAACAUAACACACUUUUCGAAAGAGCUUCGGUACCGGGUCUGGUGGGCGCUUUUCAUGCUGGAUACCCUGCUAUGUGAGAUAACAGGGAGGCCACUCACCAUGGGACACACAUUUUGCACAACGCCCCUUCCAAGUCCAUCAGCAGAGGAGGACCUUUGGGAUGAGCGUGCCGCGCAGUCGGUUACCAACGAAGGGACACGAAGUACUUUUUUCACUUCUUUGCCUUCUGAUACCACGUUUUUCACUUCUUUGCAGUCUGAUGCCACUGAAAUUCCAUCAAGUGGGAUUUUGACCCGAAAGAACUCGGGGCAUCAGCCAUCUAACGGCAAACAACCUGCAGAGCAGCCCGAUCAAGCGGGAACCGAAAUCAUAACCCCAAAUGCCUAUUUAUACUUCCUGUAUAGAGUCGAUCUGACCCAUCUCCUACGGAAGGCAAUCGAGAUUCUCUAUGCCCCCGGGUCAGCGCGGCAACCGUGGCACGAGAUUGAAUCCGCAAUCUCUACCCUUAAUAAUCAAGCUGAUAACUGGCUGUCUCGUCUUCCAGUGGAAUUCCAGCUCAAAGCACCAGACCGCACCCGGCAAUCCGUACGGCAGCGUAUCGGUCUCGCUUGCCGGUUCUACGCCACCAAACUGAUUAUCCUGCAGCCUUCUAUACGUCGCCUCUUCCACAAGUCCUCGGAACCAAGCACUUCAGGAACAGUGCACGAAAAAUUGGCAGACAUCUGUGUCCAGGUGGCCGGUCAAAUGAUCGACUUGCUGCCUAAAGAGGUAGACACUGCUUGGAUACACGGUGUGGCCCCGUGGUGGUGCAUCCUGCACAAUAUAAUGCAGGCUACAAGUAUUCUGCUGACCGAGCUCUUAACUCGAACCGCCCCAGGCACCACCAAGGCUGUUGACCUAACAGCUAAGAUCACGAAAAGUAUCCAGUGGCUGCACAAGAUGUCUACGAACGACCCUUCCUCGUUGCGCGCCUGGAUCGUCUGCACGGAAAUUCUCUCGCGGCAUGGCUCGAGAUUUGGCGUAGACUGGAGUGGAGAUAAGGUGGAUAUCUAUUCUGCGACAUGA